AUUAUGAAUUUACAGAUUUUGUGAAUUUAGAUCCAACAAUCAACUGUGAAUCACUGUGUAUUUUCAGGUCGCUUGGAUGAGACAACGAGAUCAACACAUCAUGGCAGUUGACAACAUAACCUUCAUAAGUGACAACAGAUUCGAACCUGAAUUGGACCCUGGAACCAAAACCUGGUACCUCAACGUGUAUUCAGCUAGCGUUGCAGAUGCUGGUGUCUACGAAUGCCAACUUUCGACGAACCCCAAGAAAAGUUUGCCAAUUCGACUUCACGUUUCAGAGUGUCAGAUUAAGGCGGAAAUGUCGUUUGUUCAGCACCUUCUAGACGUCAGCUCGAGUAAACGUCACCGUUUCAAUUUCCUCGCCGUCGAAAUGACACGAGUGUAUGUGUAUUAUGAAGAUAAAUCGGGUGAUUUCUUCCCUGGCCCAUCGUUGGGAAGCACGAAAAUUGAUCAAGUUCUUCCAACUUCCAGAAUGAUCGAAGAGGCUUGGCGAGUCUUGCCUAACUGGAUUUUGGCAAAGGUCAUAAUAGGAAAGAAAGUUGCAGAAGUUGGCGACAGGCUCAACGAAGGACGAGUUGGUCCAUCAGGAACCCCAAAUCCGGGUCCUAUUUUCUUGGCGGGGAAUCAUGUCCCCGUGACGUGCUUGACAAUGACAGGAAAUAACCAUCGACUUCCGAGCAAGAAUAGAGGCUUCAGGAUAAAUAGACUUAAUAGAGAACAGCCAUGGGCUGGGGGAAAAUCGGCAUCUUUUGCCACAGAUGUUUGCCAUUCCGAGCUGGAGCAAUUUCGAAGUCAACCGGAAGGAAACGAAAACUGA